GGUCCUCGGCCAUGGAGGUCCGGGCGCCCCAGCGGCCUCGCGAGUGGUUCCGGGGGCGGAGUCCGCGGCCAUGGCGGAACCGGGAGCGAGCGGGAGCAGCUGCCGGCUGGAGUUCGCGGUGCAGAUGCGGUGCCAGAGCUGUGCAGACGCCGUGCGGGCAGCGCUGGAGGGAGCCCCCGGCGUGCGGCUGCUGGAGCUGCGGCCGGAGGCGCAGUCGGUGCUGGUGGAGACCACGGUGGCUGCGGAGCGGGUGCGGGAGCUGCUGGAGCGCUCCGGGCGCCGCGCGGUGCUGAAGGGAAUGGGGGGCUCUGAUGACGCGAGCCUGGGGGCGGCGGUGGCCGCGCUCUCGGGCCCCGGCGCCGUGCGGGGUCUGGUGCGGUUCCUGCAGGUCUCCCCAACGCGGUGCCUGGUGGAUGGAGCCGUCGAUGGGCUCCCGCCGGGCCCCCACGGGCUCCACGUCCAUGAAUUCGGGGACCUCUCGCAGCCCUGUGACAGCUGCGGGGGACACUUCAACCCUGAUGGGGAGCACCACGGGGGACCCCAGGAUCAGCACCGGCACGCUGGGGACCUGGGGAACAUCUGGGCCGAUGCUGAGGGCAGAGCCAGCUUCCGCAUGGAGGAUUCACGCCUGAAGGUCUGGGACAUCAUCGGGCGCUCGGUGGUGGUGGCCGCGGGCGAGGACGACCUGGGCCGGGGCUCACACCCCCUCUCCCGGGUGACGGGAAACUCGGGGCCAGGGCUGGCCUGUGGCGUGGUGGCCCGCGCAGCCGGCCUCUUCCAGAACCCCAAGCGGGUCUGCUCCUGUGACGGCGUCACCCUCUGGGAGGAGCGGGACCGGAUGACGGCGGCUACCAGCCCCACGGCGGCCCCGAUCCCCCACCUCUAGGAGCAGCCCCGGGCCAGCAAUAAACGCGAACUGGCUCCGCA